AUUUCUCAAAAAAAAAUAAAAACUAUACAUUAUAAAAUUUUGGGGAGGCCGUCUUGGCUCCAACAUAGGUCCAUCCAUGAUAUUGAUUCAAAACACUUAUUUUUCUCUGUAAUCCAACCACAUACCAGAGAUGGAGAGAAUAAUCUUAGCUGCAACUCUGUGUGUGGCAGCUCUUCUCUUUGGCUGUACCACUGCGGGCAAGGAGGGACAAACAUGUUUCCAAAGCCAAAACUGCGACCCGGGUUUGCACUGUGAGGUUUGCCUCUCAGCUGGCGUAAGGCCACGCUGUACUCGAACACAACCCAUCAGUCCCACUUCUAAGGUGAAGGGUUUGAAGUUUAACAGGUACUCAUGGCUUACCACGCACAAUGCAUAUGCGAGGAUAGGAGUGAAGUCAGGGACAGGCUCUAUAAUUCUGGCUCCCACAAACCAGGAGGACUCCAUUACUUCUCAGCUCCAAAAUGGAGUUCGAGGGUUGAUGCUUGAUACUUACGACUUCAAGGAUGAUAUUUGGUUGUGUCAUGGCCAAUGUAGCGACGUUACAGCUUUUCAACCAGCCAUUAAUGUUCUGCAAGAGAUUAAAAUCUUUCUUGAAGCAAACCCAUCGGAGAUAAUCACCAUUAUCCUUGAAGACCAUGUUACAUCAACAAAUGGCCUAACUAAAGUGUUUGAUGCCGCUGGCUUAAGGAAAUUCUGGUUUCCAUCAAGUCGAAUGCCAGGACAUGGUAAAGAUUGGCCAACAGUUGAUAAUAUGGUGAAUAAAAAUCAGCGCUUAGUAGUUUUCACUUCAAACCAAACUAAGGAGGCAUCUGAAGGGAUUGCCUAUCAGUGGAAAUACACAGUAGAAAACCAAUACGGGAAUGGUGGUAUGAUAGAUGGCUUGUGCCCAAACCGCUCCGAAUCGCCUCCCAUGAACACGACCUCGAGGUCACUAGUUGUAGUGAACUAUUUCCGGAGUGUCCCAAAUAUAAUUGAAGCUUGCAAAGAUAAUUCAGCUCCGCUACUUGGUAUGCUGGAUUCGUGUUAUAAGGCAGCGGGUAAUCGGUGGCCUAAUUUCAUUGCUGUUGAUUUCUACAAGAGGAGUGCUGGUGGUGGAGCCUCAGCCCCAGAAGCUGUAGAUGUAGCAAAUGGUCAUUUAGUUUGUGGGCAUGGAAAUAUAGCCUAUUGCAAGGUAUGAAAUAAGAACAAAUCAGUUUCCUUUUGUUUUUCUCUUUUUUAAUAUUCAUGAACUUAUUAGAAAGUUAGAAAUUGGCAAAGAUUUAAGUCCAAACACUUGAAGGUUAUUAAAAUAUGACAGUUCUGGAGCACCUAGCCCCUCUAGGCCCCAGUAGCCAAUAUAUGUAAAUUAUGUAUCAGUAACACAUGAAUCCAGCUUUGCAUAUUAGCAGCAGAAACAGUUCAAAGGCCCUGCACCCAAUAUAUGUAUUAGUUAACUUUUGGUGGUUAUCAUUGUCAAUAUGAAUAUAGAAAUUACACUCUUCAUUUU